UUUGCAAUCAAACCAAGAGUGAAACUAGGGAGGGAAAGAAAGAAUGAGGCAAGCCAAUAAAUUACAUUAUCUUGAGGGAGGUUGUACCAGUGCGCGAUCCAAGUUUACAAUGCUGAAUGAAAGAGGACAGAUGCUUUGGAUUUGAUUCUGGGAGCUUUUAAACCUCAAUUGGUUUUAUUUUGUCACAAGGAUUCAACAAAGGGGAGAGUUACAAAAACAAAGACAUGGAUAUUGGAGGUUUGGAGACUGUGGUGGCCAACUCUGCUUAUGUUUCAGCACGUGGGAGCAUAGAUGGUGCUGCUGCAGCAACUAUGCGUGACAAAAAAUACCGUAGCAAGCUCAACCUGCCACACAUCAGACAAUGUGAACAAAUGAAGACUAUAGUGGAUACUUCAUUUGACAGUAUGUGCGUACGCCAACCAAUUGGUAAGCGUCUCUUUCAACAAUACCUUGAAAGUGAAGCAGAUUACAAGAAUCCUGUAGAUUUGUGGAAAGAUAUCGAAGAUUACAUCGUUGCCCAGGAAAAUGACCGAGCUAAGAAAGCACAGAAAAUAGUCAACAAAUACUAUGAGUCUUCCUCCAAAAACUUCUGUGACUUCCUGGGAGACAAAGCUGUGAGCAGGGUGAAAGAGGACUUCAAGAACAUUCGAGGAGAUCUGUUUAAAGAGAGUGAACAGCAGCUCCUUGUCCACCUUGAAGCUAAAGCACUCACUGGCUUCAAGGACAGCAUGUACUUCCUACGUUAUGUACAGUUUAAAUGGCUUGAGAGCCAGCCUGUUGCUGAAGACUGGUUUAUGGAUUUUAGGGUGCUUGGGAAGGGCGGAUUUGGUGAGGUCCAUGCUUGUCAAAUGAAGGCAACAGGGAAGAUGUAUGCAAACAAGAAACUGAACAAGAAGAGGUUGAAGAAACGUAAAGGAUAUGACGGUGCAAUUAUCGAGAAGCGAAUCCUGGCUAAAGUCCACAGUCGUUUCAUUGUGACACUGGCCUAUGCUUUCCAGACCAAAACAGACCUCUGCCUGGUCAUGACCAUCAUGAAUGGAGGAGACCUCAGAUUCCAUAUGUAUAAUGUGGAUGAGAAGAAUCCAGGCUUUAAUGAAACUAGAGCUUGUUAUUACACAGCUCAGAUAAUUUGUGGGCUUGAGCAUUUGCACCAGCACAGGAUUGUGUAUAGAGACCUCAAGCCAGAGAAUGUACUCCUGGAUGAUGCAGGACAUGUGCGUCUGUCUGAUCUGGGUUUGGCUGUUGAAUUACCACCAGGAAAAGACAAAACACAGGGAUAUGCAGGGACUCCAGGUUUUAUGGCUCCAGAACUGCUACAAAAGAAAGAGUACGACUACACUGUAGACUACUUCACGCUUGGGGUCACACUGUAUGAGAUGGUUGCUGCCAAGGGACCGUUCAGGUGUCGUGGAGAGCAGGUGGACAACAAUGAAGUGACUCGCCGCAUUCUGAAUGACCCUGUCUCAUACCCCCCAACUUUCAGUCAGGAGCUUAAAGACCUCUGUGAAGGACUCAUGGAGAAAGAUCCAGAGAAGAGACUUGGCUUUAAAAACAAUGAGUGUGCUGAGCUGAAGAAUCAGUCUUUCUUCAAAGAACUCAACUGGGGGAGAUUAGAAGCUGGUAUGCUUCCUCCACCUUUUGUCCCUGAUCCUAAAAUGGUAUAUGCCAAGGACAUUGAUGAUGUGGGUGCAUUCAGCACUGUGAAAGGUGUAGUGAUUGACAACAAAGACGACGAAUUCUACACUGAGUUUGCAACUGGGAAUGUACCAAUUCCAUGGCAGGAGGAGAUGAUUGAGACAGGUGUGUUCGGAGAACUUAACAUUUGGGGACAAAAUGGAAAACUCCCGAAUGAUCUAGAUCCCAACUUUGUAGAAGCAAAAGGAGGGGGAUGUGUGCUACUGUAGAAGAAAGGAGCAAAAUGCAGAACAUACAAGAAACUGAUGUGUGCGCUGGAAAUAAUUAAUGAUGGACAACAAAGCAAUGAAGUACAUAUUUAUGUAAAGUAUGUAUAAUAGAGAACAAUUAUCUAACUCAGAAGGUCUCCAUAUGUAUGUUUUGGAACACUUGUUUGAGCUUCUUAAAUCUAUUACUGAGCAGUAAGCAAAUCAAACAGGUCUUCUGACAUUCUGUAAAAAUAUAUAUUUUUAUAUAGUAUGUAAGGCAACAUUACGGAUUCUGUAUUACAUGUUUAUAUAUUAAAAGUUACAUGAGAUAAAGUUUGGUCAUGGAGGAUGUUAGCUAUAUAAACAGGAAUUAAACCAAGUACAUUUAAAAGGAACUGAAAAAGUAACACAUCAGCUUAGAUGCCAUAGAGGAAGUGAGAUCCUUGUUUACUUGUGUAGUUCAAAUAUAUAUUUCAAGAUGUUUAAAAGAGGUCAUCUGUUUACUGUUUGUAAACACAUAGCAUUUUUGGAGUUUAUGAUACAUUUGGUUGUUAGAACUCUCCUUACAAUCUUGCCAAUAACAAUAAAAUAUUUUUAUGUAGG